UGCACGACUCCCCUGAUGUUGGCGUGUCUGUCUGGUAAACUGGACUGUGUGAAGACUCUGCUGGAGCUGGGGGCAAACGUCGAUGAGAGAGACUACAUGGGAAAGACAGCAUUGUUCCUGGUGAUGGAAAAACAAAGUGCAAAAGAAUGUUUACAAUUUCUUCCUCCACUUCUGCAAAAAGGGUCAGACCCAAACACCAGGUCGAUGCAUGAGGAGUCAGUGGAAGACUGUUUAUGUGACAAUAUCAGAAACAGGUUUGUGCUAACAGAGGAAGAAGAGGAGGACUCUGAGGACGCUGGUUUCUUCUGGGAUAAGCAGCGGCGUUUUGACCUUGUAGCGUUUGUGGAGAUGGUGUCUCUGUUACUGCGCUCGGGCCUGGUUCUGCGCUGCUGUGUGGAAAACACUGCUUCAGGCUCUCUGUUAAAGCUCUCCCUGGAACAUUUCCCCUCUCUGCUGCCUCUGAGUGUUCUGCUCCUGCACAGUGGCGCCCCCUUCUGCCCCCAGGACCACGACUGCUGGUCCCGGAAUGAGGAGGAGAGGAAGAGAUAGCCAAAAAUAGAUCAUAUCUCCAUCUCCGCUAAUGCUAACUGAAAUUCAAAUGAAUUACUGAUGUUAAAAUAGUGUUAAUAUCUGAAUUAUCUUGUGAUUACAUUUGUUUUAUAUGUUCUAUUGUCCGAUUUCGAUUAGUUUAGAUUCAGUGGUGGAUGAAGUACUCAAUUUUGUUACUUAAAUAAAGAGGUAAAAAGUUACUCAAGUAAAAGUAAAACAAUCUACUUAAGUAAAAGUAUUUAAGUACCCGUUUAAAAAUGUGUUAAAGUGUUAAAUGUAGUGAUACUGAUUAACAAAGUCAGGAUGUUACCACAAACAUAGUAAAAAAUAACCCCUCAAAUCAUAUGAAAAGUACUUUUUAUUUUUCAGUCCAGUUCAAAAAUGUAGUGCAGUAGAAAGUAUCCACUGUAAAAUGUAGUAAAAGACAAACUUUAAAUCUGUCAACAGGAGUGAAGAUGUUUCGCUGCUCAUUUAAACGUUUGCUAUGAUCAGACCUGGACGACUGAGGGAUUACACAGGCACUGUAAAAUGUACUUACGUACAGUACAGAUGCCUAAAAAUUCUACAGUACUUUACUACUUUGUUACCUUCCACAAAUAUGUACUUUUAUAAGUUAUAUGUUUCCUGUGGUGAAGUAUUUACAUUGUUGUAAGGCUCUACGCUGUCUGUGAUCAUCCAUCUGUAACUUGCUGUCUGCGUUCUGGGAUUCCAUCCAUCCAUCCAUUUUCUUCCGCUUAUCCGGGGCCGGGUCGCGGGGGCAGCAGUCUAAGCAGGGACUCCCAGACUUCCCUCACCCCAGACACGUCCUCCAGCUCCUCCGGUGGGACCCCAAGGCGUUCCCAGGCCAGCCGAGAGACAUAGUCCCUCCAGCGUGUCCUGGGUCUUCCCCGAGACCUCCUCCCGGUGGGACAUGCCCAGAACACCUCCCUAGGGAGGCGUCCAGGAGGUGUUCUGGGAUUUAAAUAAUCAUUUAUUUUAGCGAGAAGUGUGGACUCACUUUAGAGAGAAUCAGAAAUAGCCGACUAGACGACAGCAUGAAAAGGACAUUACAGCACAUUCUCUGAAGUCUGGCCAAUCAGAGCAGGCCAUGUGAGUUUGUCACUUUAGCAAGGAGCAGAUACAGCCGUGGAUUGGGACAAUGUAUGAAAUAUUAUCUGAAUAUCAUUUUUAAGAUGGUUAAAACAAUGUGAGGUUUCUUUGUGUCACUGUCGCUCCCUGUAGGUACGAUGUGCUGUUCAAGGCGGUGGGGUCGUACUUGGAGAGGCGUUGGGAACCUUAUGGUUCUUGUUUGGAGCAGGCCCGAGCACUGCUGGAGCUGGCCAAACCAGACAAGCCACUGAUGCGUGUGACUGGUACAGAUACAUAUCAUAUCAAACUUUAGUGUUACUAAUACUGUGAAAAAAACACCACGAUUUAAAGGAUUCAUAUCAGGCUGCUUUCUGAUCUAUGUUCUAAUGUUGUUUCCUGAUCACAAACAGACCUGGAGUUGUGCUUUGUUUCAUUCACACAUGUUUAACACACAAACCCUGCAUAUUUAGACUUCUUUUUCAUAUUUAGAGUUCUUUUCUCAAACUGAGCAUUUUGAGCUUUGGAAAUGUAGACAGACUAAUAAUGCAAGGUUAUUCAAACGUGGGAAUGAAACAAAAGAUGGGUAUGUUUUUGAGGAGGUAACAGCAUUAUGACAUGGCUUAAAGAUCAGAAGAGUCUUUUUUUUUAUAUAGGGCCUUUAAUGAAAAAUUAAAUCCUUUUAAUGUUCUUUUGUAUUACCAGAAAUGUUACAGUAUGUGACCUGGUUUAUGAUAUAAAACUGUAUGAGUGAAGUAAAGUAAAGACAAUAGAAUGUAAGUUUCCUCAUUAAAUGGUAGUGUUUUCUUUUCUAUUCCCAUGUGGCCUUAUAUCUGUGUAAUCCCUCAGCGGUCCAGGUAGGUACCAUAGUGGUCCAUGGGCGAAUACUAGUCUGUGUGUCUUAUACUUCUUCUGAUACAGCUCAAGAAAAAAAAGCUAUUCAGGAAAGAUUAUUUCUGUCCUGUGAAUGUGACUUUUUAGUAUCGAUUUCUGAUCUGGUUUUUGAAUUAACUUAAUAAUCUGGACAUCCUGUGGGUGUUUUGAAAUGUUUCAUAACUCUUGGAAGCUAAUUUUAUUCUGUUGAGAAAUGUUUUGAUAAAUGAAUGUCAAGGUGACCUUGUCCGAGAGGAACCAGAUGCCAGAGUGAGCUCAGAUCCCAUCGCACUCCCUUCUAUGGUCAGAGUUAGGUCCGGUGUUAGAGUUGUACCAAAUUACAUCAGGUGGGUGGACGGUCCAAGGAAGGGGUGGAACCUCCAGUGGAGUAGAUCUAACAAAAGGGACAGUCACACCCAAAUCUUGGGCUUUUGGGGCUUUGGGGAUUCGGGGCUUUACUGGGGUUUCGGGGUAUCUUGGGCAUCUUUAGAUUCAGAGCCACUUGUUUCUCACUGAACUGGUCUGGGUUCUCUCAAUUGGGUCUAAUGAAUGAGACACCGAAUCUGUAAGCUCAAGUAAUUUCUGUUUAUACUCAAAACUUCAAUAAACCUGUGGAACCUUAUUUCUGGACUCGGCUUCUUUCGGGAGAAAGCACCCACAUAAAUUUUGGUGUCACGACAUUCAGGAGGAAAGAGAGGCCGAUACAGGCAAC